AUGACUAAGCCGAUGGAACUCUGGUGUUUAAGCAUCUAUUUGGGAUAUAGAAAUACAAGAUUCAAUUGUUUAAGCUUGCUACUGAUGAGUAUACUACUUAUUAGUAACCUUAUGGCUUUAUUUUUAUUUUUUAUUCCGUACAUCAUCUUCGAGGUCCCGUCCAACAUUAUCAUCAAGAAGAUAUCUCCAUCUCUUUGGCUUGCUUCUAUUGCAGAUCUUUGGGGCAUAUCAACUGUUGGCAUGGGACUUGUCCGUAAUGUGGAGGGCCUCAUCGCCUGCCGAGUUCUGUUGGGGUUCUUCGAGGCCGGGAUCGUUCCAGCUAAUGUCGGUAAAGGCUGCAUCUACUUGAUCGGCAUGUACUACAAACGCUACGAAGUUCAAUGGCGUAUGUCCAUCUUUUUUAGUGCUAGCAUUGUAGCGGGUGCCUUUUCCGGUCUUCUUGCAUUUGCCAUUGCCAAGAUGCAUGACGUUGGAGGACUUGAAGCCUGGCGCUGGAUAUUUAUACUGGAGGGCCUUCUCACCGUUAUCGUUGGUGUUAUUGCAAAGUGGUGGAUCCUCGACUGGCCUGAAGCAGCCAGCUUUCUCAACGACGAAGAGAGAGCCAGACUUGUCGGGCGUCUGGCAGGUGACUCAGGAGACGCCAGAAUGGAUCAUCUAAAUAAGACAGCUUGGAAGAGAAUACUGUCUGAUUGGAAGAUUUACCUCGGUACAAUUGCAUACUUUGGUAUAGUGAAUAAUGGCUAUGCUGGUUCGUUCUUUAUUCCAACCAUCCUGAGAGAAAUGGUGUACGCCGCUGAGCGCGCUCAACUUCUGACAAUCCCAGUAUACAUUGUGGCAGCUAUCAGGUACUUGACUGCAGCAUUCCUUGCGGAUCGUCUCCGUCGCCGAUACAGUUUCACCAUGAUUGGAGUUAUCUUGACAACCGUCAGCUAUGUCCUGCUUCUUUGUCAGCAGAAAAUCCCUACCGGUGCUCGAUACCUGUCCCUGUUCAUGCUCGUUUCUGGCGGAUAUAUCACGCAGCCUGUACUUCUUGGGUGGCUGUCCAACACAAUCAGUGGUCACUACAAGCGAUCGAUUUCAUCAGCUGUGCAGAUAGGGUUGGGUAACAUCGGAGGCAUUGUAGCCUCGAACGUGUUUUUUGCCCAGGAAGCUCCUCAGUAUUGGACAGGCUUGGGUGUCAGUCUUGGUAUGGUUUGGGUGUAUGGCAUCAGCUGCACUCUCUUUUAUUUCCUUGCUAUUAGAGAAAAUAAGAGGAGAGAUCGGGGUGAGAGGGAUGAUAGACUCCUGGGUCCUGAUACGAUGAACUUGGGUGAUGACCACCCUCAUUGGAGGUACACUACUUGA